GAUGGAUGAAAACUGUGGAUCAUAGGUUUGCAUAUAUCCUUACUGAAGAUUGUUUUGUUGUGAAAUCUAGCAGUUUGCUGAAGCAGGAUAGAAGAUGUUCUCCUUUUAGUCCAUUCAGGUUUUUUGUGGACCCAAGCAAGAGUGCGGACACUGUUUGUUUUCAAAGUUCUUGGAUUAUUUUGGAUUAUAGGACCAUGAUGGUCUCCAUGAGGUGUCCAAGCUACCCUAAAGGUUACAAGUGUCGAAAAGGUCAGGAGAGACGACAAUACUUUUUAUUCUGGUUUCUUCGACCACCCAAAGCUGGAUACCAAGGAUCACGAUCACCUUAAUAAUAAGACUAGAGACAAAUUUCAAUCUUGGAAAGAAAGCAAAAUUGGAUCGACCCCUUAUACAGAAAAUAAAAUGAAAAAUUGGGGUUGAUCCGUCCACCAUCCCCAACCACACCCGCCUCUAUAAUACCGUCAUUUCUAUAGCACUCAUUUACUUAAGCACUUGGACAGUGUAUAACACUCAUCUACCUUAAAAAAGAACCGUCUUCCACCCCUCCCCUUAGCCGCCACUCUUAGGCAGUUUUAGAACUCUUGACAGAAGACACCUACUCUGUGGUACAAACAUCUUUUAAUACAGUUCAGUACUACAAUAUAUAUUUUAAUAUUUCAAUAGUGAUAUCACUAUUGUUCUUACACUCUCAUAAUACAGUAAUAUUACCUUACUUGAGAAAGUUUUUUUUCCCCGUCCAGCCUCCCCCACCACACCCUCCUCUAGCCUACACAUUUCUUAUAUCUUUGAAAGGGUUAUCUACUUUAUGGUUCAAACCUUUAUUUCAAACGCAUGCGUUUAAUGUUACCAAACGUCUGUCUUAAUACACAUGGGUAUUCCAAGAUGUUACCGCGAGGUAGACAGCUUUUACAAAUGCUUCAAAAAAUUUUUGCGUUCUGUCCAAGGUUGAUAUUUUUCUCUGGUCUCUUGCUUUACUUCUUGACUAUCGGCCCCGUUCUGUCCAAGGUUGAUAAUAUUUGUCUCCAGAUUCUUGCUGUGCUUCUGGUCAACCCGAAGUAAAAACAGUAAAAAAAUAAUACGUUUGCAAGAGAAAAUUAAAAUUACCACUUCCAAUGCGAA